AUGACAGAUAUUUUAAUCGGUUCAGGGAACGAUGAAAUGUCUGGUAGAAACGCGCUACAUCGAGAAGAACCCGACGCAUCGUACAAAUGGAUCCCGCCGGUUACAAGCAAGUCCUCUGUGAAAUCAAGCUUCUGGGAAAUAUUAGUGAAAUAUCUGAAACUCUACUGCGAGAACACCUGUUUGGUGGGCGUCAAGUAUACCGUAUACAAGAAAGCAACCAUAUUUGGAAGACUGAUGUGGAUCUGCGGAUACAUGUUCAUUUCAUAUCUUACGGCCUCCUUCGUCUACGAGGUCUAUACGGAAUACAUAAACGGGUCUACAUCAACCACCCUAACAGACGAAUCAGUGAAUUCGGAAAUACAAUUUCCUGGUGUCGCAAUUUGCACCGUCAACAGGAUAAGUAAACGAGCCGGCAUGGAGUUAACGAGGAAAAUGUUCGAGGCAAACAUCACUACUAUGACGAUGGAUCAAAUAUACAACACAAUUUUGACCAUGGGCGAUUUGUACAAUUCGGCGUUCAUGCCUAAUAGAGACUACUUUCCGAUCGACGAAUUACUGUCCAAGUUUUACAACGAUGACUACGAAAUCACCGAUAUACUGGAAAUGCUGACACCGCAGUGCUCGGACAUGUUUGUGGAAUGUUACUUUGGUGGCAAGAAACGGAAUUGCUUGGAGACAUUUAGAUUAAGCAAGACGAGCAAUGGAUUUUGUUGUACCUUCAAUUACAUUGUCCCAGAGGAAGACCGAGCUAAGGCUGACAAUGCAAUGGAUCCACCUGAAAUAUUUUUAGCUGAAAGCCCAGGCUUAGUCAAUGGUUUAACGGUUUCGAUCCACCCCCUUCUGGAUGAUUACGCUUACCCUACCCUUCCCACUACCGGAUGGAAGGUGAUGGUAUUCAACCCUCGCGAUUAUCCUGACUCGAGCAGCGGCAGCGUUUUCGAGCUGCUUGUCGCCCCAUUGAUGCGGGAAUACAUACAAUUACUGUUGUUUGGCUUGCUAACCAAUAAAGUUAUCCAAUCAUAUCCAGUAGAGAAGCGUGGAUGCAUCUUUGUUAACGAAGACCAAUCGUACCAUAAAUUGUAUACCUUCAACCAGUGUAUAGUGUCCUGCAGGGUUGAGGAUAUAUGGAAAAACUGUAAAUGCAGACCGUUCUUCUAUCGACGCUACGGUCACACUAAACAUUCUAGGAGAACCUGCGGUGUCCGAGAUAUCAUAUGUUUGCAACAAUACUACGCGACGAAGGUGGACAUUAUACCGCAUCAUGACGAAACUCUGAUGAAUAUGAUUCCCGAUAAGGAGAAAGCCUUGGUGUGCAAUAAUUGUUAUCCUGAAUGCGACGAUACAACCUACUUCGCGAACAGCUUGAAGGCUUCUUUAGAAUUUGAUGAUUACGAUAGACAAUUAUUCCCCGAUAUGAACACGACGAAUCAGAGCAUUAUUCACGUGUAUUUCACAGAAAUGGAAAGUGGGCUUUUAAAACAGGAUGAAAAUUACCGUUGGUACGAACACUUGAGUGAUGCCGGAGGUAUAUGCAGUUUCUUCAUCGGUUUUAGUAUCAUCACCAUAGUGGAACUUUUCUAUUUCUUCGCACUAUUUUUACUCGAAGUUUGCAGCAUUUAUCAUGUAACUACGAAAAAGAAGAAUCCCAAUAAGAAGAUCAUGGUACAACCAACUUAUUUCAACGAGUACUUUCCAAGUCCAAGAAUUGACGAGACAAAGUAUAAGGGAAAUAACGACAGAUUUUAAAGUUUCUUAGUCUUUGUG